AUGAUUGGGAACCCCUUUCCGCCGCCGGAGGACCACGUGCAUGUGGCGCACUCGGCGGCUCGCCUCCUCCGGCGCCUUUCCGCCACCUACACCCCGGGACAGGUGCUUGAGACGGCCUGCGCCCGGGCCCACCUCGGUCAUUGGGAGGACUUCCACCAUGCGUGUGCCCUCUUUGUGGCGGUCCUCAACGGAACAAUCCCCGGGGCCGGACCGUCCGGCAUCGGCAUACGCCAAGCCACCCGCGCCCUGGGACAACUUGCCCGGCCACCGGUCACCGACGCCGCCGCCACCCCGACCGGCACCGGCACCGGCACCGGCACCGGCACCACCGCCGCUGCUUACUCUCUCGACCCAAGCGCUGCCUGGCAUCUGUUCGAGUGCACGCGCGCCUACUUUCACAGCCGCCCGGCGGAGACCCACCUUCUGGCCUUCGCUUCUCAGGCCGCCUCCCCGGCGACGCCCGGCGGCACUUCGCCAGCCUGUGAUGCCGGGGCGGCCUCCCUGUCCCGGUCGUCCUGCCGCUGCCGGCCGGCGUGCCCCGGCUUCCGGCUGGAGCCCCAGCCACUGGGGGCCCCCUCCGAGUCCCUGGCAAGCGCGUUGCACCGGCGCUUCCUCCACGCCAUUCGCCCGCCAGAGCUGCAUGCAUUUGAGCGGUCAAUUGCGGAUUUCAUUCGGCGACGAACCUUCUCCGGGCUCGGCCCGGCCGAGCUGCCGGACCUCCUGCUCUCGGCCACCCUCUGCCCGGACUUGGUGGCCCAAUUGCUUGUCCAGCAUGCUGGCGCAUCUCCAACUGGCGCCGUGAAUGCCGGCCACCUCUUCGCCCAGCUGCCCCUGCACCCGGCCCAUCUGCUGGCCUGUCUCUCGGCCCCGGGGCUUCUUUGGAUCCGCGGCUGCCAGCCGGCCGAGCUGGGGUCCGGCCUGGCCCUCAGCGAGCCUGCUCGCGGGCUGGGCCAUGCACUGUGCCUGGCACUCGCCUGGCUGCACCUGCGUCCCACCUUCACUCGCCACUGGCUUCCCCAGCUCCUGGUGUCCCUUGCCAUGCAGCUCCUUCGGGACAAUGCCCACGGGCCGGAGGACCCCAAGCUGGUACUGGCCCUGCGGGCAUCCCCCUCCGACCCGGUACACCUCCAGGCCGGCCCCCAUGGGGACCUGCCCGCCCCGGGGCACUGGCUCUUCCUGGUUCUCAGCCAGCUGGCUCUCUCCUUCCUUGCGGGAGAUCCCCUCCGGCAUCCCGGCACUUCGAGGGCCCUUCGCCUUGCUGGCUUGCUAGCUGCUCUGGCUUCGUGCACGCGUUUUUCCCGCGGACUCCUGGCUCCGGGCCGCUCUGUGGCCCACGACGUCCAGCGCCUCUGGCAUUUGGUUUGCUGUCCCCCGGCCGGUGCUUCGCCGGCAUCCCUGCCGCCGGAUGGCCGGGGCAUCAUCCUUGGCGACGUGCCCUUUUCCCGGCCCCCGGCCCCAUGCGAGCUGUGGGCCCUGCUUGACCAUGAGCCGCCCACCGAUUGCCGAUACUCCGGCCACAUCCCGCCCGACCAUUUGCCCAUCCUCACGCCGGAGCACUACGAUCUCACGGAAUGCCUCGGGGCCGAACGGCCGGCAUCCCCGCCGCCGGCCGCCGGCUCCCCGGCCCCGCCCUCGACGGCUGGCCUCCACCGGGCCUUGGUGCUGGCCCUAUUGCAGCUGUAUUUGGGCCGGCCUCCGGCGGCCCUCGGCCAUGAGCCGCUCUUCCUGGACACUUGUCGCGCUCUGGCGCGGGCCUGUCCCCCGUCCGAGGAUGCGGACAUGCUUCCCCUCGUGGAUCGGCCCCGGUGCCUGGCCCACGAGCUGCUUGAUCGCCAUGUCUCCGACACGGGCGUGGCCCUGGCAGACCAGGGAUUUUACCUGCUCGGCAAGCGGCUCCUCCUUGCUCCCCUUACCGAGGGCGCUGGCUUUGGGAGCUGCUCCGCCGGCGGGGCCUGGUCCGAGGCCGCAAUCCGGGCCGCGGUGGAUGGGGCCCUCGCCUGGACCGGCGCACCGGCGCUCCUGCAUUCGAUUGACGACACGUCUGCCCCCGAGGCCCUGCUCCUGCUGUUGAGCCACUUUUCCCGGCCGGAUCACCUGGCCCCCGAGCAGGCGGCAUUGCUCUUGCAUCGGACCACGCCCGGCGGGCCGCUUGCCAGCCUGGCCACCGCACGCUCGAUCCUGCUGGAGGCCCUGGUGCUUUCUUGGCAACGCCAGUGCCAUCGGUCCUCCGGGCCACGAAGCAUGGAUGCACCUGACCCGGCUGAGGAGUGGCUACUGCGUGCCCUUCGUGAGAAUCAGCUCUCCCUGGCGGCGGCAGCGGCAGCGCCCGGAGCGAAGCCCCCCCGGGCGACCGAUGACCAAAGCGCCCUGACCAUUGCCUGUGCAGGCGUCGGCCGACUCUUGGACGCCGCCACGGAGCCCUUGGUCGAGGACUCGGCCAUCCUGUCAACUCUGGCGCCGCUGGCGGCUGCUGGACUGACCCUGUCGGCCGAUCUGGCCCGGCGCCCCGGGGCCGCCCCCAUCCGCAUGGCAGCUGCUCGCAAUCUCCUGUCCGCCCUGGAUGGGCCUCUGCUCGAACUCCUCCGCGUGCACUCGCACUUUGCCCUCGAUGCGCCGGUGGCCCGGCUCCAGGCGAUCGGGGCCCAGGGCAAAUCGCCGGCCAACGCAUGA